CUUCAGCCUCGACCCCCGGGAUCGGGUGAGCUGCAAAUGCAUGAGGGGAUGCGCUGCAAUGCAAGGCGGGAACAAAAUGGGGGGGGGGUGGAGGUGGGGCUGGACUCAAAGGCGCCCCUCUGGCCUGAGCCCUUGACAAACAGCACCCCCCCUCUUUGUUCUCGCCCAGCCCUUUGCUCUGAGCCUCCCCCUCUGUUCUUGCUGGAUAAAGAAGGAGGCGGAAGAUCCAGGGGGUCCCGGCCGCUGAGCCCCGAGAUGGAGAGCCGGGCCGGGGAGUCCCAGCCAGAGACCGGCGUCCAGGCAGAAGGCUUCCCCCAGAGCCAGGCGGGGGACGUGAAGCGGGAAGAGCAGGACCCAUCGGAAGAAGAAAAAGAGGCUCAGACGGUGCCAUGGCAGAGAUUAUUCCAUGGGGAGGUCAAGCAGGAGGGCGAUGGAGGGGCCCCUUCGCUGGCUCCUGGAACGAUACCGGGUAGAUAUAUUGGGCCUUCCCUUCAGUGUGAUGGAGCAAACACGCCCUCUGUGCAGCCAGAUCAGGUUCUGGUGACCUUUGCGGAUGUGUCUGUGGAUUUCUCGGAGGAGGAGUGGGCGCUGCUGGAUCCGGGCCAAAGGGCUCUGCACAGGGAAGUCACGGAGGAGAACUACAUGAACCUGGCCUCUCUCGGGCUUGUGAUUCCCAAACCUGAGUGUGCCUCCUGGCCGAAAGAAAAGGAAGAUCCAUUCGGAGAGGUUUCCAAAGAGGGAAACAGCUUGGCAGGACUCGUGGUUGCCCCCGCUGACCUCCCCUCCUGCCUCGAAGAAGGGGAAGACCCAUUUGUGCAGGACUCUCAGCAAGGAGCGAGAGCAGCAGCUGACGAUGAUCUGAGGGAGCACAACAAAGAAGGAAAGUAUGGAAGAAAAAUUGAAGUAAAGCAUAAGCAGCAGAAGAAAUGCGUUUCGUUGAUCGGAGCCAAUAUCAACGUAAAUGACCUUACCAGCUCUGAGGGAAUCCACACAGGGAAGAAACCAUAUAAAUGUUCUGAAUGUGGAAAGAGCUUCACAGUCAAGUGUUCAUUAGUUUCCCAUCAAAGCAUCCACACAGGGGAAAUGCCUUAUAAAUGUUUUGAAUGUGGAAAGAGCUUCAGACUCAGCAAAUCCCUACUUUUACAUAAAAGAAUCCACACAGGGGAGAAACCAUAUAAAUGUUCAGAAUGUGGAAAGGCUUUCACAAACAGCUCAGGUCUUGUUUCCCAUCAAAGAAUCCACACUGGAGAGAAGCCAUAUAAAUGCGAGAUAUGUGGAAAGAGCUUCACAGGCAGCUCAUCCCUAGUUUCUCAUCAAAGAAUUCAUGCCGGCGAGAAACCAUAUAAAUGUUCUGUGUGUGGAAAGAGCUUCACAGACAAGGCAAAACUAGUUUCCCAUCAAAGAACCCACACAGGGGAGAAACCAUAUAGCUGUUCUGAGUGUGGAAAGAGCUUCAGUGAAAAAAAGUACCUGGCUUCCCAUCAAAGCAUCCACACAGAGGAAAAGCCAUAUAAAUGCUCUGAAUGUGGAAAGAGCUUCAGACUCAGCAACUCUCUACUUUUACAUAAAAGACUCCACACUGGGGAGAAACCAUAUAAAUGUUUGGAAUGUGGAAAGGAUUUCACAAACUGCUCAGCUCUUGUUUCCCAUCAAAGAAUCCACACUGGAGAGAAACCAUAUAAAUGCUGGAUAUGUGGAAAGAGCUUCACAGCCAGCUCAUCCCUAGUUUCCCAUCAAAGAAUCCACACUGGAGAGAAACCCUAUAAAUGUUCUGUGUGUGGAAAGAGGUUCAGAAACAACUCUCCCCUGGCUUACCAUCUAUCUGUCCACACAGGGGAGCUCCCAUUUAAAUGCUCUGAAUGUGGAAAGGGCUUCAGAUCCAGCACAGAUCUUAUUUCCCAUCAAAUAAUACACACAGAGGAGAAACCAUUUAAAUGCUCAGAAUGUGGAAAGACUUUCAUGCGCAGCUCAGACCUUGCUUGCCAUCAAAGAAUCCACACAGGUCACAAACCAUAUAAAUGCUCAGAAUGUGGAAUGGCUUUCAUGCACAGCUCAGCUCUUGCUUCCCAUCGAAGAAUCCAUACCGGAGAGAAACCAUAUAAAUGCUCAGAAUGUGGAAAGAGCUUUACGACAAGUUCAAAUCUUUCUUCCCAUCAAAGAAUACACAAAGGUGACAAACCAUAUAAGUGCUCAGAAUGUGGAAUGUCUUUCACGCACAGCUCAGCUCUUGCUUCCCAUCGAAGAAUUCAUACCGGAGAGAAACCCUAUAAAUGCUCAGAAUGUGGAAAGAGCUUUAGGACAAGUUCAAACCUUUCUUCCCAUCAAAGAAUCCACACAGGAGAAAAACCAUAUAAAUGUUCUGAAUGUGGAAAGAGCUUCACAGCCAAGUCUUCACUAGCUUCUCAUCAAAGCAUCCACACAGAGGAGAUGCCUUAUAAAUGUUUUGAAUGUGGAAAGAGCUUCAGACUCAGCAAAUCCUUACUUUUACAUAAAAGAAUCCACACAGGGGAGAAACCAUAUAAAUGUUCAGAAUGUGGAAAGUGUUUUACACAGAGCUCAGGUCUUGUUUCCCAUCAAAGAAUCCACACUGGAGAGAAACCAUAUAAAUGCCGGAUAUGUGGAAAGAGCAACUUCACAGAUGAGACAAAACUAGUUUCCCAUGAAAGAAUCCACACAGAGGAGAAACCAUAUAGCUGUUCUGAGUGUGGAAAGAGCUUCAGGGAGAAAAAAUGCCUGACUUCCCAUCAAAGAAUCCACACAGAGAAGAAGCCAUAUAAAUGCUCUGAAUGUGGAAAGAGCUUCAAAGUCAACAAAUCCCUAUUUUUACAUAAAAGACUCCACAUUGGGGGAAAACCAUAUAAAUGUUCAGAAUGUGGAAAGUGUUUUACGCAGAGCUCAGGUCUUGUUUCCCAUCAAAGAAUCCACACUGGAGAUAAACCAUAUAAAUGCUGCAUAUGUGGAAAGAGCUUCACAGUCAGCUCAUCCCUAGUUUCCCAUCAAAGAAUUCACACUGGGGAGAAACCUUAUAAAUGUUCUGUGUGUGGAAAGAAGUUCAGAAACAAGUCUCCCCUGGCUUACCAUCUAACUGUCCACACAGGGAAGUUCCCAUUUAAAUGCUCUGAAUGUGGAAAGACUUUCAUGCGCACCUCAGACCUUGCUUGCCAUCAAAGAAUCCACACAGGUGACAAACCAUAUAAAUGUUUAGAAUGUGGAAUGGCUUUCAUGCUCAGCUCAGCUCUUGCUUCCCAUCAAAGAAUCCAUACCAAAGAGAAACCAUAUAAAUGCUCAGAAUGUGGAAAGAGCUUUACAACAAGUUCAAACCUUUCUUGCCAUCAAAGAAUCCACAAAGGUGACAAACCAAAUAAAUGCUCAGCAUGUGGAAAGAGCUUUAGGAACACUUCUGGCCUUUCUCGCCAUCAAAGAAUCCACACAGGAGAAAAACCAUAUAAAUGCUCUGAAUGUCAAAUGGCUUUCACGCAAAGCUCAGCUCUUGCUUCCCAUCGAAGAAUCCAUACCGGAGAGAAACCAUAUAAAUGCUCGGAAUGUGGAAAGAGCUUUAGGACAAGAUCAAACCUUUCUUCCCAUCAAAGAAUACACAAAGGUGACAAACCAUAUAAGUGCUCAGAAUGUGGAAUGUCUUUCAUGCACAGCUCAGCUCUUGCUUCCCAUCGAAGAAUUCAUACUGGAGAGAAACCAUAUAAAUGCUCAGAAUGUGGAAAGAGCUUUACGACAAGUUCAAACCUUUCUUCCCAUCAAAGAAUCCACACAGGAGAAAAAACAUAUAAAUGCUCAGAAUGUGGAAAGAGCUUUAGGACACGUUCAAACCUUUCUUCCCAUCAAAGGAUCAACACAGGUGAAAAACUGUAUAAAUGCUCAGAAUCUGGUGAUCUUGUGCCAAGGGUCAGGCCCAGGGUUCUGGCUCCUGCCUGUCUCGAUGUUCCAACAGAGCAGGGGACAGGCCUUGAGAUUCUGCCAGAAGGAGGCUCCCCAGAUGCCUGAAUGAUAAACACGCCACUUCUGGGAAUGAUUCCUAGAGGAAUACAACCUGUAGUGAGAUUCUAGCAGAAUCUAAGUACAGUGCAGGAGUUUGUCACGCUGUUACCGCAGCGAACAGCAUCCUAUAUGUAUAGGAAGGAUUUAGAACUGGGGACUGGUGUGAUCUGCUAUGCUUGCAUGGUUACAGGAACCUGGAGUUCCCAGAAUGUCUUGGAGCAUGCUGAUGGGGCCAAAGAAGACCGACAAGCCCAGAUGUGAGCUGACACUGGCAAUUACAGAAAAACAAGUCCAAUGUUGCAUCUCCAUAAUAAUCAGGCCAACCAGUAAGUGGCACCCCCCCCCCCCUGGCAUUUUGCUUUAAGCGUGAGGACAUUAAGGAAACACAGGCAGAAAAAGCACAGGCAGAAAACCUGGAAGAGAACCCUUGAAACGCAACAUUGAAAUCUGAAGGGGGAGUUAACUGUCCAGAAUUUGGAAGAAAACCCGAAUAGGUACGGGACCAAACAUGGUAAAAAUUGCCCAUGCAAAAAAGACCCUUAACUUUUUCCCCUUGAGAAAGCAACUGUCAAAGUAAACAACAUGUCUGAAAAAAUUAAACGUGUAUCGAUGGUUCAAUGGUAUAUAGUGCCCUCACAUCAAUAGUCAGCAGAAUAGAAUCAACAGAGAUUGAUACUCUUUCAAUAACACGAAUUAGAUGCUUAGUAUCUUUCAUAUAUGAGGGUGCUUGGUGUACAAAAAGGUCUUAAAUGUUCAUCCAAAAAUUGUGCCAAGGGUUCCAAUACUGAAGCAGACCCUGAGACUGUUGGUCUGCCCCGGGGGUGGAAAGCCCACUUUUUCCAUCUUCGGUAGAGCAUAAAAAAUGGUAGAGCAUAAUAUCGUAUUAGCUCAUUAUAUUGUUAACUAGAUACGAUGUUGCAUUGAAUUUUACAAUUUGGGUGUGUGUGUGUGUUGAAACGAUUGUUAUUAUCAUUUUCUUACAAGUUACAAUAAAACAUUAAAAAAAUGGGUACCCUAGGUGUAUCUGUAAUAAGAAAUUUGGCUGUAGAUUCACUAAUAUGACCCAGGACCACAGUCUCUUGUAUUAUAGCCCUGAUAAUUCCAAGUAUAUGUUGGGUGGGAUUAUAUCUAAUUUUAACAUAAUGAUGCGUAUUUCUCAAAAGACUUCAGACCAUCUCAUUAGAAUCACCCCUAUUCAAACUUGCGGUGGCUCCCUCUUUAUCAGCUGGUUUUAUAAUAAUGCUGGUAUCAUUGGCCAAAUUCAGAAGGAAUAUUCCAUUUUAUUAAUCUUAUAUCUAACAUAUCCAUAUUUUUUCUCUGCCUCUCCAAUAUCCCUGAGAACCAACUGCUCAAAUGUUUAAAUAAGAGGGUUUCUGAUGGAUGGCAUGAAUGUCGAUUUAUGUUUGCAUUUAUUCUCAGUUUUACAUUCUGUGUCUCCAAACCAACACCUCAAUUUCAUCAGUCUAAUUACGGCUUUUUUUCUGGGAAAAGAGGUGGUGGAACUCUCAAGAGAGAAAUGAGGGAGAAACACAGGGGACCCCUUACAAAUUGGAUGUUUCCUCCAGGGGAACUGAUCUCUGUCUGGAGUUCAGGGGUGGGGCCAUCGGACACAAGAGGUUCCAGAAGUCCUUUCCACUGUGUUCUUGCUGGAAAAAAGCCCCGAGUCUAAUCAAACGGAAAACAUCAGUUCUAGUACAAAACUCAUUAUAUUUGGCUGUCAAUGGAAAACCCUGACCCAAAUGAAGUACUUUUAAUUCAAUAGCUGAAAGUGCCCUAGAGGAUAAAUUCAUCACUAUAUUCUUGUUCUCCCCCGUGCUCCCGUAUUGGUGCUGUUUCCCUGGCUCAUUUUGUGGUGCCUCUGUCUAAAAAAGAUCUGACUAACCUGCUUUCUUCACCCGAUAACGUUCCUGUCUCCUCACUUUCCAUGAGCUCCGAUUCAGAACUGGAAGUUAAUUCCGCCCAUGAAACUCUCUUUUCCAUGCAAUUCUCAUUAGGUGAACACCACCUAUAUACCUCAUACGUUCACAAUCUCUCUGGUCUCAGUUGAACUUUCCGAUUUUAACUUCCUUGAUUUUCUUCUCAAAUUAUUUUGCAAAGUCACCAAUUUACUAUCAAAUUCAGUGCUAGGCAUCGUAUCCUUCAAACACAAUUAACCACAAGGGGGUAUCCAGUCCACAUAAUCAGAUCGGCUACGAGGAGGGCGAGUGGUGUUGAAAGGAAGGAUUUAUGAAAGGAGCAAGCGCUCCUCAAAAGCAAUAAUAUUUAAUGGGCAAUGGACUUUUCUCCCCUGGCGGAUGCCAUCAAAAACAUCAUUUACAGAUAUUGGCAUCUAGUAACCAGCUCACCAGGGUGCAAGGAGAAGCCAAAGAGGUUUCAGGAGGAAUAGAAGCAUUAGAGAAUUUUUGAUUAGAACAGAUACGGCUCUUGCAAAGGAGAAGAGAAGGCUUAGUAAAGUAACAGGUCACUUGAAAUUGGGUCAAGGCUGUGCUGCCUGCAAGUUUGCUGAGGAUCGGAAGGAAUAUACACAUCUUCAGAAGGAGCAUAUUAUUGGAUUGAAAAAUUACACCAAUUGUGAAUCUAAAAAUGUUGUAUACCUAGCCUUUGGUCCAUGUGGUUUCUAUUAUUUUAAUAUCAGUACUAGAAAAAUUAAAGUAAGGAUGUUGGAAUGUUAUGCCAAUAUAGAUUAAAAUCACAUGACAAUAAUCAAUACUGAACAAUACUAGGCCAAGCGCUUGCAUUCUCUAGAUGAACUUUUAAACUUUUCAUGAACUUUCUGUGUAUUUUUUUCUGUGUGUUAGGUAAUUCAACAGGUGUGCUUUCAUCCUUUGACAGUUAAUUAAAAUAGUGGACUCUUAUCGAGAUUAAUGUUCCUCUAUCAGAGAUUCAACCAAUGGUGAUCGUUCAACUUAACUUUUCCUGACACUUGUUAGAGAUUUGUAGUUUUGUUGUGCAGAUCCAAGUAUGACAUAAUUUUUUACUAAUUGGAAGGCUGUACUAUGGAGAUUAUGAAUAUUCAGUGAAGUGUCAAACCAAUCAUUAUUUGUAUUGUCGAAGGCUUUCACGGCCGGAGAACGAUGGUUGUUGUGGGUUUUCCGGGCUGUAUUGCUGUGGUCUUGGCAAUGUAGUUCCUGACGUUUCGCCAGCAGCUGUGGCUGGCAUCUUCAGAGGUGUAGCACCAAAAGACAGAGAUCUCUCAGUGUCACAAUCAUUAUUUGUUUGUGUUAUCAUGUGAAUAGACCUUAAAUAUUUGCAUAUGAUGAGGUAUAAAGUUUCAAAUACAGAGAGUAUGGCAGGGUACUGAUGGAAGAAAUCUCUUGAGAGAAUCUAGGUGAGAACCUAUCUUUACUUACGUAUUUCAUAGAAACUUUGAGCAUGUUAAACUUAGGAUUUAUUAAGAAAUGUUAGCAAACUUAUUUCUUAUUGCCUUUCUGUGAUUUGUUUUUAUAGGAUUUAUAUUAAUAGCUAUUUCUAUUUUGAUUACUUGCUUCAUUAAAAAACAAGGGUGUAUUUUCAAUAAAAUGAAAUAAACUCUA